AUGCCUGGUGUUGUUAUCCUGUCACCAGCUUUUUUCAUUGAGAAUGCAGUGGUUAAACCGUCCAAGCCGCUUAAGGAGCGCAGAUUGAAGAGGCGGCUGAGCUCUGAGGAAAAGUGGCUCCACGGGAAAGAAAAAACAUGGGUUUGUUUUGCUACAGGAACGCAUAAAGGCAUCUCCUUUCAGCGCAGCGCUCCGUACGCCCAUCAAUUGAGCAUCCUGACGGUGCAGAGCAACCUAACGCGGGGAUGGGGAGCGGCGGGGCUGGCAUCCAAUUACAAGCGGAAGACCGGAGACUGGGGCGGGCGUUCCAAUCCCUCCCUGACCAACGGGAACAGUCUGGACCAAAUAAACACGCCCAUGGGUCCACUGGGCCAGAUCACGGAAACACAAUUAUCAUCAAAUUUUGCAACUUGCAGCUCCUCCUCUUCAGGCUUCUCCAAACUCAGGAAAAUCUCACAAGGACUGAUGAAAAGCUUGGAUGAUCCUGCAUCAGACUUGAAGAAGAUGUUGAAGAAACGCUCUGUGGAGAAAAAAGAAGAGAAGAAACCACCUACAGAGGAGGAGAUGCUGAAGAUUCUGUUGGGAGCUCAGAAGAAAGACUACGAGAAGAUAUGUGCGGAGUACGGCUUCACUGACUUCAGAGGAAUCCUGAAGAAACUCAAGGAGAUGAAGAGGAAAGUGGAGGUGGAGGGCUCAGAGCUGUUGCGGACUCAAUACUCUCACGGGAAGUACGAGGUCAAGCAGAUGGGGACCAAACACAUGUUGUGCAUCUCUGCUGUGGACCUCAGCGACAUGGGCACGUACUCUGUGCAGGUCGGAGACAAGAGGCUGACCGCCCGGCUUCAUGUCAUCAGAAUUCCGAUCAAGUUCAACAGCCCCUUAAAGUGUGGCCGUGUGCAGGAGCGAGGAAAGGCCCGUCUGGAGUGUGAGGUGAGCUCCAAAGACGUCCAGGUCCGUUGGCUGAAGGGCGGGACCGACAUCACCGCCAGUCGUCGUUAUAUUUUUGUCCAAGAAGGAAAGAGAGCAGAGGCCAUUAUUGAAGACUGCGAGCUGACAGAUGCUGGGGAAUACUCCAUAGUGUGCACUCAGGACAACGACACACAUGAGUACUUCUCCACGGCCAUUUUGACUGUUGAUGUGUCUCCGAGAUUUGACCUGGAUGCGAAGCUGAGGAGCCAAGUGGUUGUCAGGGCCGGAACAGCACUCUGCCUUCGCCUCAGCUUUUUUGCUUGUUGGUUUAAAGGAGAGACCAAAAUCUCUAAGUGCACCCGCUUUUGGCAGAGCACGGCCAACGGAGUGUGCACCCUGGUCAUUCCAACCUGCGGAACCAAAGAUGAAGGACAAUACACACUGGUGCUGGAGAAUCCCCUGGGAGAGGCCAGGUGUUCUUGCAAUCUGCUCAUCUUUGGUGCAAGACGGGUUGCAAACUAUCACAUUUGUGCAAAAGGGUGA